UAUGUUUAAUUUAACCUCGUUAACUCACUGAGAUUUGUAUUUUCUCGCACAGAUUCUAAAGACUGUCGCUCUCUGCGUAGUUGCGUGUUAGUUGUGUAACGUGUCGUCAUAGUUAAGCGCCUUUAAACACUGUUGACAAAAGGGGGGAAGUGUCCCAUCAGCUGAUCCGCUAGCUGCACUGAGCUAACAGCCGCAGCUAGCUUGUUUGUCUUCUGUUUCCUCGUGUGUAAUAGUUACAUUCGGUGGUUACCUCUGAACUAUCAGGCUCGAACCUCCUUGUUUCCACUGCUCCCGUUAAAGACACGCGUCCAUUGCAUCACUACGGGUUCACGAGGUUAACGCUGAAGACACAGAUCAAGAUGUCCAGCAGCGUGCUGUGUGGUCGAGGCAGGUGGAUCCUGUCCCAGGCAGCGGGCCGUCAGGCACUAGCUGCUCUCAGGUCUGGCAGAACCAGAACCUUCUCGGCUGCAAGCUCAGAUGAGCCGUAUAUAAGUGUAUCUCCCACAGACUCAGGCCCCAGGACUGUUUGGCCCGAUGAGAACAUGGGACCAUUCGGACCUCAGGACCAGCGCUUCCAGUUACCGGGCAACGUUGGGUUUGACUGCCACCUGGAGGGCAUGGCGGACCAAAAGAAGGCUCCAGUUCACAGGACGGUACCUGACGUACUGACGGCGCCGAGCAGCAUAGAGCGACACCAGUUCAUACUGGCCCAGUUCGUCAGCGAGUUCCAAGAAAAACUGGGUCCUUUAUCUUUGAGAGUUCACAAAGCUGAGCAGUAUUUUACGCAGACAGACACAGACUGCUACAUCAAUUCCUGCCCUGAGCUGUUGAGGAAAGAUCUGGAGCUGCUCUUUCCCGCUGCACCCACCACGUCCAUCACAGUUGUGACGGUGACACAGAGGAGCCUUCGCUGUGAGGAGCUGGUGGAGGAGCCGGACAAAGAUCAGCUGCUGCACAGAUUUGUGAGUGGAGCCAAAGAGAUGUGCUUCGCUCUGUGGACAGCAGGAUACUGGGCCGACUUCAUCGACCCAACAACAGGAACAGCUUUCUUUGCGUCUCCAUCAAGUCAGACCCAACUGCAAACAGACGCGGACCUGAGGGAGCUGGGCUUUCACAUCGAGGUGUCGGGCUCCUGCACGGUGAUCCGACACAUCUUGAGAGGAACGCCUUUGUUUGUCGGGACUGUUUUCACUAACGCGCCUACAUACAGCAGCGCCAUCGCCAGACUACAAGGACUUUCAAAAAUACUCGAUGAGGAUGAAUAGGCUUUUUUCUCUUUAGAAUAUUUUAUACUGAGCGAAAUCCAAACAAAUCACCUCUAUUUAUGGUUGGAAGAAGCUUGGAUGUGAAUGUACAGUAGUGUUGAUACACGGUUUGUCUCAAUGCAAUACACGGCAGCCGGACCAGGGAUUUAUUACUAAGGACUUGAAUGAGACUGUCAUUUCAAACCCGGCUUAUCUCACACUACAUCCAGGGAGAGGGGCACUCAGUUCACAAUGUGAUAGUUGCCGUUUGAAGAAAGUCUGCAGGAGGAUUUUAAAUGAUGGAAUCAUCCUGUUUUAUAAUAUUAGAAACAUGAAUUUAACAUGGAAACCGUUCAAAUCCAGGCAGCUGUUUUAACGUGUGUGAAAAGAUCCCGAUUCAAAGUUGCAAAUCCGGUGAAAAAAAGUUUUUAAAAAGUGACAUUUAAGCUAUUUUAAGGCAAUUUUGAAAAUGUAACUUUAGAAACAAAGAAGAGAUUUAAAGGCCGUGAACAGCUGCUGGAGUGGGACUAAAAGAACUGGUCGACACUGUGUGUAUGUACAGCGUUCUGUUGUUUCUCCUGAAAUGUGGAUAGUGUCUGAGUUGAGGCAUUACACUUCAGAGCUGCUGAAUAAAGAAAGUGACCCAGCUGAAAUGACA